AUGGAGAAGCAGUUCCUGGGCCUGGAGCUACAGCAUGUAUCUCGCGACACCAACCAAGAGGCCGACUACAUCGCCAAGAGGGCGUCCAGGCGCCUGCCCCAAGAACCAGGCCUCUUCAAGGAGCAGCUCUUCAAGCCCUCAGCAACCCCACCAACCACUGAACCUGCGCCACCUAGGGAGGAGCUCCCCACACCACCAACUUCAGGAGCCCCCGCCUGCGGUCCGACCUCGGGGGCACGUUUGCUCCUGGCACUCGAGCCUCAGGAGGGGUGCUGGACCAAGGAGUUCAAGGCAUACCUGACGCAGGGCACGUUGCCGGAGAAGGAAGAGGACGUGGAGCGUGUGGCCCGGCAGGCUACGGCGUACGACAUUUAG